AUCCUCCUUAUCACAGAAUUAAGUAUGAAUGGCGUGUGAUUGCAUUUCAUUGUCUGCCUCUCUGUGUUUGUUUUAUUUCCCUGUCCUAUAGCCAAGAGAUUUCAUUACAGACUUGUCGCUUCAAAAAACGUUUUGUUUUAGUGAACUUUUGCCGUGCUUGUCACUGCAGAGUGGGAGGGCAUGGUCUGGAGAGAUAUAUAAAUUCUCCGUCUCCAGGGUCAGCGUAAAGCAGCGACAUGGGAGCGUUGGUCGGGAUAGCGUGUUUUGCCAUAGGUCUCUUGAAAUGUUUGGGGGGAACAGGAGUAUCUGCUUGUGGACAGGGCAAGGCAGGAACGGGUCGUAUUGUCGGGGGAAGUGAUGCGCAGGAAGGGGCUUGGCCCUGGCAGGUCAGCCUUCGGCUGAAUGGUUUUCACAUCUGCGGGGGAUCCCUGAUCGACCAGAACUGGGUCCUGAGCGCAGCGCACUGCUUCCAGGGUUCCAGCAAUGUGAAGCUCUACACGGUGCGUCUGGGCAUCCUGUCUCUAAGCCAGCAGCAGGGUGUGGACAGAAAUCUGCUGCGUUUCCUGUUGAAACCCGGGUUCACGGCACCCGAGCAGGGAAACGAUGCCGCCCUAUUACAGCUGGAUCAGCCAGUCACCUUCAGCGAAAUCGUCCUACCAGUUUGCCUGCCCUCCCCAUCCACCCUCUUUACAGCGGGACAGCAGUGCUGGGUCACUGGCUGGGGAAAUAUUCAGGAGGGAGUGUCUCUGCCCAGCCCUAACAUUCUGCAGCAGGUUAUGGUCCCCCUAGUGGACAAUGUGAUGUGUGACACUCUGUACCACACGAACACCGGCAUCAGCCUGGCCCAGCCCCUCAUUCUACCAGACAUGAUCUGUGCAGGGGUUCUAGCAGGGGGCAAGGACUCUUGCCAGGGAGACUCUGGGGGUCCCUUGGUGUGCCCCAGCCCGAACGGUUCCUGGAUCCUGGCUGGGAUUGUCAGCUGGGGAGACGGCUGCGCCCAGCCCAACUACCCUGGGGUGUACUCGCGUGUCACCUCCUUCCUGCCGUGGAUCCAACAGACCCUGAUGCUGACCAACCAAACCAUGGCCGGGCUGAGCAUGAGUCAGAACUCCCAGUCCAACCUGACCUCCGGGAACGGCGCCUUGCCCCAAAUGUACCCACCCACUGUCAAGUCAAACUCCAACAGAGGUUUCUCCUUCAAAUCCAACUCCAUUAGCCUGCUGGUAUUGGCUGUAUUGACUGUGCUAAUGGCUUGGUAAAAGGCUUGCCGAUCCAGUGGUUAAAGAAAAGGGGGUCUUAAUACCAGGAGGUUUCAAAUCCAGACUCAGCCACUGACUCGCUGUGUGCGUGUGUGUGUGUGUGUGUGUGACCCUGAGCAAGUCACUUCACCUCCUUGU